ACCAAUAUUCAUUCUCUUCAUCGCCUCCAAAUUUCCCCAACCCCACUCUUCUCUUCAUAUAUACUCCACUGUCGUCCGGGCUCUGCCUAACAGUGACUUGUUAAUAGCUUUCAUUCUUCAUGGGGUAUUGCCUGCGAGAAAUAGAAGGAAAGCAAGCCAAUGAUCCGUUGUUCAUUGAGAAAAUGAACGAAAACAAAUUGUCUUAUCGUGGGCGAAGCGUGUGGGUACCAGGUCCGGUGAUCGUUGGGGCAGGGCCUUCUGGUCUCGCAACCGCAGCUUGUCUGAGACAGAGAGGAGUGCCGAGUUUGAUUCUAGAAAGAUCCGACUGCAUAGCUUCUCUGUGGCAACACAAAACCUACGAUCGCCUUCGUCUUCAUUUGCCCAAGCAGUUCUGCGAGCUUCCAUUGAUGGGUUUUCCCAGUAAUUUCCCGACGUACCCGACGAAGCAGCAGUUCAUACAGUACUUGCUGAGCUAUGCGGAGAGGUUCGACAUCAGGCCGAGGUUCAACGAAACGGUGAGGCAGGCGCAAUUCGACGCCACGCUUGGGGUCUGGCUUGUGAAAACCGUGGACAAGGAGGAGAGGACGACGGAGUACUUGUGCCGGUGGCUGAUCGUGGCGACGGGAGAGAAUGCGGAGGCGGUUGUGCCGGAGAUAGAAGGAAUGGGGGAAUUCGGAGGGGAUAUAAGGCACACGAGCUUGUACAAGAGCGGCGAGGAGUUCAGAGGGAAGAGAGUGUUGGUGGUGGGAUGCGGGAAUUCCGGCAUGGAAGUGUGCUUGGACCUCUGCAAUUAUAAUGCUGCUCCUUCUCUUGUGGUCAAAGAUACAGUGCACAUAUUGCCGAGGGAGCUGCUGGGAAAAUCGACGUUUGGAUUAUCGAUGUGGUUGCUGAAGUGGGUGCCCAUGAGGAUGGUGGACGCGUUUCUGCUGAUAGUCUCGUGGUUGAUGCUCGGCGACACCUCUCGCUUCGGACUGAAACGCCCCUCCGUGGGUCCCCUUCGCCUCAAAAACCUUUCCGGCAAGACACCCGUCCUCGACGUCGGCACUCUCUCCUUCAUUAAAUCCGGCCACAUUCUGGUGCGUCCAGGCAUGAAGCGGCUAAAACGACACGCCGUGGAAUUUGUUGACGGCAGGACGGAGAAUUUUGACGCCAUCAUACUCGCAACCGGUUACAAAAGUAACGUGCCCUCCUGGCUGAAGGAAGGAGACAUGUUCAGCGAGGAAGAUGGAUUUCCGAGGAGGCCAUUCCCAAAUGGCUGGAGAGGCGAAAAGGGAUUAUACGCGGUGGGAUUCACGAAACGAGGAUUGCUGGGGGCAUCCAUGGAUGCCAAGAGAAUAUCUCUAGACAUAGAGCGUUGCUGGAAAGCCGAGACAAAGCAUCCUCGUCACUUUUGGCACUACCCGAUUCAUGAUUCACAGUGACACCACUUAAAGUUGGAUUGUACAUGACUCAUCCAUAUCUGGUCAUGGGAGGUUUUCUGUGGUGGCAUCACACAUGGGCUCAUCUUUCCACGCCUGUACGUUCCACAUUGUUGCUCCUCCAUUCAUAAAAGUGAGAAAGGGGCGCGAGAAAGAUUCUCCCAACCAUACAUGGAGCCCCUCCUCAGCUUUCACCGGUCACCAGCCACCACGCUCUCGCUGGCCGAGAGACGAGGACGCAUUAUUGAUUUUUUAUUAUGACAAAGCUUACUUGAGCUGGUGAGGGAGGACCCUCGCUCGCUAGCUAGCUGGCUAGCUGCUUAUAUCUGUAAAUCUUCUACAUUGCUGAUGAACGAUCAAUUUACAGAGGAUUUGAAGUAGAGUGGCAGCCAGAGAGGGAUGGGAUGUGAUUGACAAGCCUAUGGUUAUAUCAUAUAUGACCUGUGCUUACUUUGAGUCUUUGACCUGUACAUGCUUCUGAUUAAUUAAUGUGGAUUUUUUCCCCGGCCAUAAGAAUUGAGUGUAACAUGUUAAUUGCCUCUUUGACUCUCUAUCUCUCCAUAACAAUGCUCUGCUCUGUUACUCAGUUCAGUCUUUGGUCUCUUGACUUUAGGGAAGAAGGCGGAGACUAGUAGACGGAGAGGAAAACUGUUUCUCAACUCGGAAUGGCGUGGCAGUGUGGUGGCUAGAUAAUGAUGAUCAUGUACCCUGGGGGAGAUGGUGGAGGUCCUCAUGUACAGAUUGGAUUACCAGUUUCAUGCAAUUUCGAUGUCGAAAUGAUUACACAUUGCAAAAAAAUACUAGCAAGGGCCACCAUCACUUGAUUUUCCUGCGAAAACCCUAACAUUUCAAAGCUGCAAUUACCCGUUUUCCCUUGUACCAACUUGGUUGAUUGAACUCGGGUAAUAGCAGCAACCAUUGCUUUUAACUGCUCAAAGUGAGAACUUUUGCGAUGCUUUAUGAGGGAGGGGGAACCCCACAAAGUGCAAGUUGAGGCAAAAUGACAUCUGAUUAAGCUCUGCCCUGUCACCUUGGUCUGAUCUGAUUCUUUGUGAUCAGGAAAAGAAAAAGGGUGAGGCCAUAUGGGGUCAACGUUAAUCCAGAGCUACUGUCAAACUGUCAUUUCUCGGAGCUUUG